AUGAGUACCAAACCAUUUUCCUUGGGUGAAGUUCUCGCAGUUGCGAAAAUCCAUCCGCUUUACAACCCUAAUGUAUUAUACCCACCCGGGCCUGAGGAAAUCCAGGCUAUUGUGCAGGCCCAAUCUACUACUAGUAACACCCUUGAAUCAUGGCCCCUAACUGCCAAAAAAGACCUUUACAAAGUUAUCCCGCGAUUAACCAAGGACACGAGCCCCGAAAAUGAAUACCGGCGUAGCUCCUAUGUCAGUGUCACCGGCGGCGGUUCCGGAGAUAUACUAUUGAUGUUCUUCACAGAUGUGAAAGAAAAUCGUCAACAUCGCACAGCUUUCGGGGAGUUUCUGCGUACCUGUGGAGUUGUUGAGCUGCAUGAUUGGAUACUGAUGACGCAUACCUUGGGGUAUUUGUAUAGAUUACUCGACCUCCUAACUGAGAUCCUGGAAAAUGCAGGAGGAACCAUACUGAGCGCGGGUAACUUGAUGAAAUCCAGCGAAGUUCCAUUUACUGACAGUCAGAAAAUAGAUAUUUAUGCCAUACUGGGUCCGGCAGUGAAGAUAUACUCCAUCUUAGGAAGCGCAGAGGCCGGGCCAUACGCGAUCCAUAAUCCUGAUCUUACUGGAGAAGCAUUAUCACAGGGUGUCAUUGUGCAAACGUCGUUGCAGCGUCGACGGAACCCGCUGGUGCGCUAUAUCACUGGAGAUCUUGGAUCUGUCUAUCCAUAUAGUAAGUAUUUUGAGUUUAUGAAUAUUAAGAAGUUCAUGCAGAAGGAGGCGUUUGGGAUUCUGCAGUGGCAGAUUAUUGUAGGGACGCUUGAUUCUUCGCCCCAGACAACAAUGGAGAUUAGGAUGCUUCGUGCCGCGGCGAGUACGAGUAACGAUAUGAUCUCUCUUGAGCAGUUUGUCUAUGAAGUGGAGACGUUCUUCUUUGUUUUACCGGAUAAUAGGCAUUUGUUUAAAUUGACUUUUGUUGAAGAUAUAGGUGGGUUCGAGAAGAGCGGUACGGGGAAUAAAGUUAUGAAGUUUGUGGAUAGAAGAUACUAG